AUGAAGCACGAGGUCAAGUCUCUGCGCGAGCUCAUCGAGGAGAGGCGGCGGGAGAUGGAGCGCGAGGUGCACGAGCAUGAUGAUGAUGAAUCUCGAGAGCGAGGUGGCUUUGAGCUUGAGGAGGAUGGUGAGGACCACGUGGGUGGUGAUCACGAUGAUGAUGAUGAUGCGCGGAGUGUGGCGACGGUUGUCCCGCACGAGUUGGAGAGGGUUGAGGAGGAAGAUGAGCAUCAGGGGGAGGAGGAAGAGAGACGUCAGACUUCGGAACUUGCCCGUCCCAGGACGCCGGAGCCUUCCGCCCAGCUUCAGCAGCAGCAACAGCAACUCUUGUCGGCUCUGCCCCGACGUGGAUCGUCACCGCUCUCGCAGCAAGUACAUGGGCCGUCUUCGGAUGAUGAGAAGAUUCAAGACCAGAUUGCGCAGUUGACGGCGCAGGUUUCGGCUGUUAUGCAGUUGACGAGUGCGUUGGAGGCUCAGCAUAGUGUUGCGCAGAGUACGAUUCAGAGCUUGGAGAGUAAGGUGGAGACGUUGGAGGCGCUUUUGAGGCAGUCGCAGGCCUCGUCAUCCUCAACUUUGGCUGCUACUUCGACGACGCCUUCGACCUCGACCUCGGAUGCUACGUCGGAACCUGCCCCAUCGCCGCCGUCGGGUACGACCGCCGCUGUUGAGAAGGAGGAAGAGUCGUUGACGGCGAGGAUAAGCGAGUGGAUGAAGUCUGUUGAGGGCAAGUGGAAUACUGUGCAAGAGGAGUGGUCGGUUGAGCGGGAGCGGUUGUCCAAGGCUCGAGAAGAGUGGGAAGGUCUAUCUAAAACACGCGACGAGUGGGAACGUUUAUCGAAGACGCGUGAGGAAGCGAGGGAGGAGUUGGAUCGACUUGUGAAAACGAGGGAGGAGUUGGACCGGUUUGCGAAGACGAGGGAAGAGUUGGAGCGACUUGAGAAGGUGAGGGAGGAGUGGGAGGUGAGGGUUAAGCAGGUUGAUGUUGGGUUGGAGAGGAUUGAGAGGAUCGAGAGGGGGUGGGAGGGGCGGAUUCAGCAGCAGCUUCUGUAUGCUGUCCUUGACGGCACCCGAACGCGCGCGAACCUCGGUGUCGGCUCGCUUGCUACGCCUGAACCGUCACUUUAUAAAGCGUCGAUUGGGUCUACUUCUUCGUCUGGUCCUGGUUCGCGGUCUGCGUCUGGUUCGGUGUCGUUGGCUGGGUCGGCGUUGGAUUCGGCGGUGUUGGAUUCGGCGUCUGGGUCUGGGUCGGGUUUGGAUUCGGUUUCUGGGUCGCCGGCUUCUAGUGUUAGCGUCGAGAAGGGCGUGAAGAGGGAGGAGGGGAAGGGGAAGGGUGGGGAGGGGGUUAGAGAUAACCAGAUCAAUGUCCAGACGGCGAUUGGUGUUGUGUUGUUGAGUGUUGCGGCAGCGGCUGUGAUAUGGAAAGUCAAGCCCGAGUGA